AUGUUUACGUCGCUUAUACGUCCGCUGAGUAGAGGAAGUCAAAUUACUAAAGUCUUAGUAACAUCAAAUAAUGUUGCUAAAUUUAGUACAUCUGGCGCCUUGCAAAAGGAUUACCAAGAUAUUCUAACAGAAUCUCAUGGAAAAGUUGGUUUAAUUACACUAAAUCGACCAAAAGCAUUAAAUGCUUUAUCAAGUCAUUUAUUUCAUGAAGUUAACAAUGCUUUGGAGAAAUUUGAUGAUGACACCAAUAUUAGUGCUAUUGUCAUUACUGGUAAUGAACGUGCUUUUGCAGCUGGAGCUGAUAUCAAAGAAAUGAUGGAAAAAUCAUUUGCUGAGGUAUAUAAAACCAGUUUUCUCGGACAUUGGGGAAAAAUUAAUGACAUUAGGAAGCCAAUUAUUGCUGCUGUUAACGGUUUUGCUUUAGGAGGCGGAUGUGAAUUAGCUAUGAGUUGUGAUAUUAUUUAUGCUGGUGAAAAAGCUGUUUUUGGACAACCAGAAAUUAAGUUGGGUGUCAUUCCAGGUGCUGGAGGAACUCAAAGAUUAGUUAGGGCCGUAGGAAAAUCUAAAGCAAUGGAAAUUAUAUUAUCAGGUCGUAAUUUUAGUGCUCAAGAAGCAGAACGAUGGGGAUUAGUUAGCAAAGUAUUACCUGUUGAUAAAGUACUUGAUGAAGCAAUAAGAUUGGGUCAAGAAAUUGCAGGUCUUUCUCAACCAUCUAUUCAAGCUGCUAAAGAAUCAAUUAAUAGAGCAUUCGAAUUAUCAUUAAGGGAAGGAUGUCAUUUUGAACGAAAAUUGUUCUACAGUCUCUUUGCUUUGAAAGAUAAGAAAGAAGGAAUGGAAGCUUUUGUUAAAAAGAGAGAACCUAAAUGGACAGAUGAAUAA